AUGGAGUGCAAAGGCGUUUGUGUGCUGCUGGGAGUGCUGCUACUGGUGAGCUGCUCACUUCAGCAGACUGCACCAAAGAAGAAGCUGGUGAAAAAAGAUACAACAAAGGAUGCCAUCGAGGUGCUACAAAAACAGGUCAAUGACAUUGUCAUGGAGCUCAAUUUACUGAAGGAACACCAGGCGCUGCAAACAGUCUGUUUGAAAGGUGCUAAGAUCCAUGGUAAGUGUUACCUGGUUGACCCUUUGAGGAAGCGCUAUCACACUGCCAGUGAAGACUGCAACUCCAUGGGUGGUGUCCUCGGCACGCCCAUGUCCAGCGAUGAGAAUGACCAGCUCAGAGAAUACAUCAGCCAGAGCAUCGGCCCCAGUGAGCAGGUGUGGCUGGGCGUCAAUGACAUGACGACUGAAGGCAAAUGGGUGGACCAGACCGGUGGCAGCAUUACAUACAAAAACUGGGACACCACCAACAGUCGGUCCCCUCAGCCAGACGGCGGCAAGUCCCAGAACUGCGCCAUCCUCUCCGUGGCCUCCCGCGGGAAGUGGUUUGAUGAGAACUGCCGUGAAGAGAAGCCCUCCGUCUGCCAGUACAACAUCGUUUGAUUGCAUUUAACUAAUUACAGACUCUUAGCAUGGUUACAGCUGCUUAGUGUGUGUGCGUGUGUGUGUGUGUGUGCACCUGCUGCCAUCCCAUUCUGCCUGCUUUUCUCAAAGGAGUUUUUAAGCCAGUGGUUCUCAGCUGGUUCUGCAUUGGGACCAGUUUCUGAUCUUAAAGUCACAGCCAGCUGAAUAAGUGAUAUGUCAUUUUCUACAUUCCUUGUGGUCACGAUAAAACCAGGAAGAACAUAGUCCAGGCAAGAGUAGAUGAUCAUCAUCUUCAUUUGGUAAAAAAACCCAAACAUAUUCUCUUUAAAAACUACAAGAUAUUCCAGCAAUAUCAAAAACUUAUUUGAUGUUCACCUUUCAAAAUACCAGUACAUGCAAUAAUAUGCGUGUAGGUGCUGGCACCUUUCACAAAUAUAAAAACUGGAUGUAACUUUGCAUUAUUUCCACACAUCCACAACAGUCCCAUGACUCACUGGUUGAGAUCCACUGGUUUAAACCCAUACUACUGUAUUUUAAAGACAAAUCUCAUGUGGAGCUUGACUGAUGAGUGAUAUUGCAUUUUAUACAAUAUAAACUCCAUCUUUAAUCUGCAUUAUUUGAAGAGAUUUCAGUUUGAUAGUGUUGUAGUCUCCUAUAAUGUUUAGCCUGAUGUAACCUGGCAAA